UCCAGCGAUUCAUAAGUGUUUGCUUCGCUCAAGUGCGCGGUUACUACCCGAAAAUAUUUUUCAAUUUCCAAGUUCCAAGUAAAUCUUCAAAAUGAGAAUCCUUGCGGAGAACCAUGUCCACCUCUUGGAUCCUUCGGAGCUGAUGCGCCCAGAGCCCACAUUCGCGGACAAGAAUCCCUCCAAAUUCCGGGACUACAGUGUGGACACCACCGAUCCUCUAAAGGAACGCGUACGCCAGACUUAUCGUCAGAUGCAUCUGAACCAGACUGUGGAUUUCGUCAAGGGUCGUCGUGAGCACUGGCUGAAGUUCAACACGAUUAAGAUGACUGUGCGCGAAGCUUUGGAGAAGCUGAACGAUCUGGUGGACGAAUCGGAUCCCGACCUGGAUCUGCCCAACAUCAUCCACGCAUUCCAGGCCGCUGAGCGGGCACGUGCCGAAUUUCCGGAGCACGACUGGCUGCAUCUCACGGCGCUCAUCCACGAUCUGGGCAAGAUCAUGGCCUUCUACGGCGAGCCUCAGUGGGCGGUGGUGGGCGACACCUUCGCCGUGGGCUGCCGUUGGGGCGAUAGCAUUGUGUACCGGGACGAGAGCUUUGAGGGAAAUCCCGAUGGGGAUAAUCCCGCCUACAACACCGAACUGGGCAUCUAUCAGCCCAACUGCGGAGUGGACAACCUGCUGAUGUCCUGGGGCCACGAUGAGUACAUGUAUUCCGUGCUGAAGCACAACAAGACCAAGCUCCCCCAUGUGGCGUGCAACAUCAUUCGGUUCCAUUCGUUUUAUCCCUGGCACAAUGGCGGCGACUACAAGCACCUUGAGGCUCCCCAGGAUGCGGAGACCAAGAAGUGGGUGCUGAUCUUCAAUCGCUAUGAUUUGUACACCAAGAGCGAGGUGGUUCCGGAUAUUGAAGCCUUGUGGCCAUACUACCAGACCUUGAUCGACAAAUACUUACCCGGAGUCUUGGAAUUCUAAGCGUACUUAUGUUCAAGUCAUUUUUAGCUUUCUGAAUGAUUUUACUUUAUAUAUAAGACAACAUUUAUAUCUGUAAUAUAAUAUAAUGUAUAUGCGCCAUAUAUGUAUAUCACCAUAAAUAUCCCCAAAUAACGUGA